GUGCGGUACAAAUCCCUCCAGCGCUGGCUCCCCACUCGUCGCCGACCUGCUGCCGCCAUCCUCCGCACUCCAGACUCGUCCGUACCGUCUUCCAUUAGACCACAGACAUCUCUCUGCAAAGAAGCAUACACCCCGAGGUCGCGAUCUUUUGAACGAAAGAACAAACACCCUCCAUCCCACAGAUGAUGCAAGUUCAGAACCUGCAAUCAGCAUCCCCGUUUCGGAAUACCGGCGGGCAUUGCCCGAGUAGUCCAAGCUAUCUCCACCAUGUCGACGACUUUGACAGCGUCGUGUCGGCAAAUCCCCAGCCGCCGACAACGACGUCGUCUACCGGUAGUCGAGGGAAACCUACGAUGGACGAGGUCAUGGACGAACUCCAAAGCCGAUUCCUUAUGAACCUUCCGCAAUCCGAACUGUCGUCGAGCGAGCGCCUGUUUUUCCAGAUUGAACAGUGCUACUGGUUCUACGAAGACUUUUACGCCGACCACCACAACCACUUGACCCAUCUCAAGCUCAACGACUUUGCGCGCAAGAUGUUCAACCACUGUGUGCUCCUCCAGCCUCUCAAGCAAAAGUGCGAGAGCAUGUUUCAGGACUUCAAGACGUACCAAAGCCAGAUCCCCGUCGUCGGGUGCAUCCUGCUCAACCCGGCCAAGACCAAGCUCGUGCUCGUGCGCAACUGGAAAGGCACGUCGUGGAGUCUUCCCCGGGGAAAGGUGAACCAAGGCGAGACCGACUUGGAGUGUGCGCGGCGCGAAGUGUUUGAAGAGUGCGGGUACGACCCGGCGGCCGCAUCGUCCUCCUCCACGAUCGUCUCGGACGUUGACACGGUGCUGGGCAUCAACGCCAAGGACUUCAUCGAGUUUCACGUCAACCAGCAACGCAUUCGCAUGUACAUUGUCACGCAAGUGCCGGAAGAGUUCAACUUUGCGCCGCAGACGCGCAAGGAGAUCAGCUUGAUCCAAUGGUUUGACUUUGACGAGUUGCCGAAGAAGACGUGGGGCGUCCUCCCGUUCAUGUCGCGGCUGCGUCGAUGGAUCACCAACGACACGAAGAAGGCGACUGCCAAGAAAAAGGCGACCCACACGCCGGUGAAAUCGAGGUCCGUGUCGGCGCCGCGCCACCGCCCCGCCAAGACGGACGCGUACCCGCCGCGGCCGACGUCCCCACCGCUCCCCAAGGUUCCGGUCGUGACCAACCCCCACCACCAGCACCUCGCCUUGACAGCGUCGUCGGCGCGGUCCAUGUCGACCCCCCACGCGCGGCCCAAAGCCAAACAAUCGCCUCAACCCCCCCCCCGAGGCCACUUCGGCACCGAGCACCAAAGCGCCACGUCAUCUGAUCACGUCAACGACCAAACUUUCGGACCGAUGACUUGCUCAUUCAGUUUCAACGUGGACGAGAUGUUCCGCAUCAACGAACAGCUCACGGGGCACACGUUCAGCUACGACGGCAACCCCCACGAGUUUGGCAAGGCGCCGCCCAAGCGAGCCGAUGUCCAGUCGCGACUGGCGGCGGCGUCGGCGCCGCCUCCUCCUGAACACAUCCAACCCACGCACGUUCCACCCACGACGACGACCAACGCUGUGUUUGCGGCAUUUACGUUUGACACGACCGAGAUCAUGGCGUGUGUCAAGUAAGCCGCCGCCGCCUCCUUGGCGAUGAUCCUCUUCGUCGUUGGAACCAACAGGAUACCUUGUGGCAAAAACAUCUCGAGGCCAUUUGGAAAUAUGUUUGGGGAUGGCGGUUGAUGUGUGUAUAUAUCUAUUGUAUGUUUGGGGAUGAAAUUAUUCUACAAAUCCCCACGGUGUUUAUCAACACCACCCAUGUACAUGUCAAGAAAUGAUAUAUCGUCGUCCAUGGCCAUCCAUGUGGUUAUGACAAACUACUUUUGCUUAUGGAGGUGUGAUGUCGGCAACAACGUCCACACAGCCCCAGUGGGCGACAGGCCA